UGAUGGACUCUUUCGAUAUAAACCACGCUUGAACAUACAAGUAUUGCAGAAGACACUGAGAUAAUAAUCUUAUAGAAUCGUCAAGUCAGAGAGAAACAAAGAGAUGGCCGUUGGAAUAUUGGAAGUGAAGCUGGUGAAGGCAAAAGGCCUUGGAAACCCUGAUUUCUUUGGUUUAUCAUGUUACUGCUCCAGCUCUUUGACUAACAUGGACCCGUAUGUUCUGGUAAAAUACAAAAGCCAAGAGCGCAAGAGCAAAGUAGCAAGAGGUCAAGGUGGGCGUCCAGUGUGGAAUGAGACUCUCACAUUCAAGGUAGAGUAUCCAGGGCAAGGUGGCAACUAUAAGCUCAUUCUUAAAAUCAUGGACAAGGACACCUUCUCUGCUGAUGAUUCUGUCGGAGAAGCCACGAUUUACGUUAAAGAUUUGUUGGCAUUAGGAGUGGAGAAAGGAACUGCUGAACUACAAACUCAGAAGUAUAGAGUGGUUAAUGCUGACAAAUCUUAUCGUGGAGAGAUUCAAGUUGGCGUCACUUUUACCCUCAAGGCAGAAGAGGAAGAUGCUGGAGAAGAUUAUGGUGGAUGGAGGCAAAGCUCUGUUUAGUUCGAUUUUAUUGCCACUGUUCAUAAAUGAAUCCCCAUGCUUUGCAACACUUUGUGAUUUGUAAAUUUUUUAUUUGUUAUCUCGGACUGGACAAGAUUA